AAGAAUCUCGUGACUUCCUCUAACCACAACUAACGUUCACCUCAAGCUUGCUGCAUUUAUCUUUGAAAAGAUGGCUCGUGGAGUGUUAACUUUAUUGCGCAGAGCUAAUGCAUACUCUCUUUACGUUCUUGUAUGUUUACUGGUCGCAUAUUUAUUGAACCAACUUGAUAGAUAUGCUUUGGCAGUUACAUCGAUGCCAAUGUCUCAGGAUAUCAAGUUUGGAGACAAAGGAUGUGUUCGUAUGAAGAAUGUCUCUUUUUCUGGUCAAACUAAACUGUGCCAGAAAAAGCCUGGCACGAACAAAAUAGAGAAUAACAAAACCAGGUGUGUGGCAAAACUUGGUUCUGGCAAAUACAAUGAAAGUCAUGUAUGUCGCUGGGACUAUGAUGGGACUGGGGAAGAGUACCAAAUACUUGCUGGUCCAGUCUUUAUUGUGGUGUACACUAUAACUGGGGUACCACUGGGGUUUUUAGGGGGUAGUAACAAGAGGUGUAUCAUACUAUCCUUGUGCCUGCUAUUAUGGAGUACAAUGACAUUAUUGACAGGUUUUUCAACGAAAUAUUGGCAACUGGUAGUCACCAGGUUCAUACUUGGCAUGGGAGAGGCAGGUUGCACACCAUUUGCAAGCAGUUUAAUCGCCGACUACUUUGAUGAGACUUUACGAGCUUCAGCAAUGGGAGUUUACAAUUGGGGAAUUUACAUUGGAUAUAGCUUAUCGUAUGCCUUGGGCAAUUUUAUUGUUGAUGCAAACAUUGACGGUAAAGGAUGGAGAUGGGUCUACUGGAUAGCUGCUAUCCCAGGAUUCAUUUUAGCUCCUAUGAUUUUCUUUACUGUGAAAGAACCUGUUGGCAAGGUUAAAAAUGAUAGAUCAAUAAACAUUUUGACUCCAUGGAAACUAGGUGGCUUUUCUUUCAUCCUCAAGAUAUUCUUCAGUCCAUCAAUUCUGGUCCUUUGUCUAGCAGGAUCAAUUAGGAAUGCGGGGGGAUAUGUUUGGGCUUACAAUACUCAACCAUACUUUGACAAAUAUUAUCCGAACGUAAAUCUUGGUUAUUGGAUGUCAUGGAUUCCUCUGGUUGGGGGAUCAAUGGGAGUACUUUUUGGAGGUGUAAUAUCAGAUCAAGUGAUAAAGAAUCGAGGGUUGUAUGCUCGUGUUUGGGUGUUGGUAUUUAGUCAGCUUAUUGGUGCACCAUUCGCUGCUGGAGCUCUCUUUUUUCACCCUCCAUAUUGCUUUAUAAGUCUUAUUGCUGCCAACAUUAUUGGUGAAAUGUGGAUUGGUGUUGCAUUGACGGUUGUUGUUGAACUUGUUCCCAAGGCACUACGUACAUCAGUUGUUGCAUUUUACCUCUUUAUAAUUAGCAUUAUUGGUGGUAAUAUGCCUCUAGCUGUUCCACCAUUGAAGGAAACAACUGGAAGUCUUCGUGUGGCUCUCUACAUACUUUACCCAGGUCUAUAUCUUCUUAGUUCUGUAUUAUUUUUGUUUACACUGUUUGUGUUAAAGUGGGAUGCAGCUAGAGCCAAGGUAAUAGAGAGUAAUAUGGAGAAAGAUGCUUCACCAUUAUUGAAGGAUAGCAGUGACGAUUAUGAAUCAUCAACACAGAAAGUGUGACUCUUUUUUAUUAUUUCCUUUUUGGUACAUAUUGGGAAGCUUACAUGUGAUAGUAAUCAAGAGCAAAGCAUGAAAUAACUUUUAUACGUCAAAUGGACUAUGACAAAAUGUUUUCACUGCCAACAUUGAUAAUAAAGAAAAGAAAAUGAUAAAA